GCCGGCCGGGCCAUGCUGCUGCGACCGCUGCGGGGUUGGGCAGCCCGGGCCGUACGCCGCGUAGAGCCGCGGAACCAGGGGAGUUCCGUUCCGGGAUCCGGGCUGCGAGGGGCACAGCUCCGGGUCGGGCCUCCGGGUAAAAAUAGAGAAAAUGUAAAAGAGAAAAAAUCAGUGAUCUGUGUCGAGGGUAAUAUUGCAAGUGGGAAGACCACAUGCCUGGACUUCUUCUCCAGCACAACAGGCCUAGAGGUGUUGACAGAGCCGGUGUCCAAGUGGAGAGAUAUCCGUGGCCAGAAUCCUUUGGGUCUGAUGUACCUCGACCCCUGUCGAUGGGGCCUCACACUGCAGACCUAUGUGCAGCUCACCAUGUUGGACCAGCACACCCGCCCUCAGACGUCACCGGUACGAUUGAUGGAGAGGUCGAUUCACAGCGCAAGAUACAUUUUUGUAGAAAACCUGUAUAGAAGUGGGAAGAUGCCUGAAGUGGACUAUGUGGUUUUGUCGGAAUGGUUUGACUGGAUCGUGAACAACAUUGAUGUGUCCAUUGAUUUGAUAGUCUAUCUCCGGACCACUCCUGAGACCUGUUACCAGAGAUUAAAGAUGAGAUGCAGGGAAGAAGAGAAUAUCAUCCCACUGGAAUACCUGGUUUCCAUCCACAACCUCUAUGAGGAGUGGCUGCUCAAAGGAAGCCUCUUCCCAGUGGCGGCCCCAGUGCUGGUGCUUGAGGCUGACCAUGACAGGCAGAAAAUGAUAGAACUCUUUGAACAAAACCGGGACCGAAUCUUAAUGCCAGAGAAUCAGAAGCAUGGUUCCUAA